AUGUCUGGAACCGCCGACGUGUUCGAUGCGAACCCGUACGAAUCGCACCCCAGUCUGACCGCGCUGGAGGCGAAUGUUUUGUGGGAGUACGCUAAACUAUCGCAACAUGUCAAAGAUUUGACCGUCACCACGAGACAACUAUCCGAGGGACCAGAUGAGAAUCUUAUCGCGCGUUUAAGAGUGUUGGAGAGAAAAAUGGGCUUGGUCUUGACCUUGUUCAAAGCAUCAGUCUGGGGCGUCAUCAAUGAGCAACCAGUUCAAGAGAUCGAGGGUGGAUACGCGUACGCGAUGGCUGACACUACCCAAAGAUGAUACUGAUCCAAAGAGUUUCGUACACACUUAC